CAUAAAAUGUAAACAAUAAAUACAGUAAUAAAUAAAAUAAUCAAUAUAAAAUGUAUUCAAUAAAUACAAUAAUAAACAUAAUCAAUAGCAAAUGUAAUCAAUAAAUACAAUAAUAAACAUAAUCAAUAUAAUGUCUGUAUUGGCCACAGAGAGAAACUAAUGUAAGAAAAAAAUGUUUUUAAGACGAUAAAAUGCAUUUUUAGUUUAGAAUAUAAACUAAAAUCAAAGAUUCACAUUUUUAAUCAGAAUGUUUUAUCCUGAGGGCCAACAGGCUGAGGGCCAACAGACUGAGGGCCAACAGACUGAGGGCCAAUACACUGAGGGCCAACAGGCUGAGGGCCAACAGACUGAGGGCCAAUACACUGAGGGCCAACAGACUGAGGGCCAACAGACUGAGGGCCAAUACACUGAGGGCCAACAGACUGAGGGCCAAUACACUGAGGGCCAACAGACUGAGGGCCAACAGGCUGAGGGCCAACAGGCUGAGGGCCAAUACACUGAGGGCCAACAGGCUGAGGGCCAACAGGCUGAGGGCCAAUACACUGAGGGCCAACAGACUGAGGGCCAACAGGCUGAGGGCCAAUACACUGAGGGCCAACAGGCUGAGGGCCAACAGACUGAGGGCCAACAGACUGAGGGCCAAUACGCUGAGGGCCAACACACUGAGGGCCAAUACACUGAGGGCCAACAGACUGAGGGCCAACAGGCUGAGGGCCAACAGGCUGAGGGCCAAUACACUGAGGGCCAACAGACUGAGGGCCAACAGACUGAGGGCCAAUACACUGAGGGCCAACAGACUGAGGGCCAACAGACUGAGGGCCACAGGCUGAGGGCCAAUACACUGAGGGCCAACAGACUGAGGGCCAACAGACUGAGGGCCAACAGGCUGAGGGCCAAUACACUGAGGGCCAACAGGCUGAGGGCCAACAGACUGAGGGCCAACAGGCUGAGGGCCAACAGGGGGGCCAAUACACUGAGGGCCAAUACACUGAGGGCCAACAGACUGAGGGCCAACAGACUGAGGGCCAACAGGCUGAGGGCCAACAGGCUGAGGGCCAACAGACUGAGGGCCAAUACACUGAGGGCCAACAGGCUGAGGGCCAACAGACUGAGGGCCAACAGACUGAGGGCCAAUACACUGAGGGCCAACAGGCUGAGGGCCAAUACACUGAGGGCCAACAGGCUGAGGGCCAACAGGCUGAGGGCCAACAGACUGAGGGCCAAUACACUGAGGGCCAACAGACUGAGGGCCAAUACACUGAGGGCCAACAGACUGAGGGCCAACACACUGAGGGCCAACAGGCUGAGGGCCAAUACACUGAGGGCCAAUACACUGAGGGCCAACAGGCUGAGGGCCAAUACAGCCGCCAUCCAGCGGCUCUGGGAGUGA